AUGCCUACUCGUCUGACUAAGACAAGGAAACUUCGCGGCCAUGUCUCUGCGGGACACGGUCGCGUAGGAAAGCACCGCAAGCACCCCGGUGGUCGAGGUAUGGCUGGUGGUCAGCAUCACCAUCGUACAAACCUGGACAAGUUUCACCCAGGAUAUUUCGGUAAACUGUGGACCCUCGUGCCUGAGGAGACGCGAAACAAAUAUCUGUCCGAGAACGCCUCCCCGGAUACUGCUCCCGUCAUCGAUUUGCUCUCUUUGGGCUACGCCAAGCUGCUUGGCAAGGGUCGUCUGCCCAACGUGCCCGUGGUGGUCAAGGCGCGAUACGUCAGCAAAGAGGCGGAGCGCAAGAUCACCGAAGUUGGUGGUAGAAUCCAGCUUAUCGCGUAG